AUGACUGUACUGAUCGUCGCCAGGCCUUCUACAGAGAGCUGCGGACCCGAUGGCCGCAACUGCCUCCCCUUCUCCAACGCCUCGUUCGCCUUCGUCUGCCCCGCUGGUUGCUCGAGCGCACAAGUCCUGAACCCUCGCGCAAUCGGUCCGCAGGUUAUAAACUAUCGAUCCCUGGUGGUUGGCGGCACGCCGGACUCCCAGGGCGAUGGGCUCGUAUAUCGCGGGGACUCGUUCAUAUGCUCGGCGGCCAUCCACGCUGGGGUAAUCAGCGAUGGCAGCGGCGGUUGCGGUGUUCUCUCCUUGGUAGGAGAGCGCGACAGCUUCGGCGCUGUGGCACGACAUGGCAUCAGCAGCAUUGGCUUCGACUCGCACUUUCCAAUGUCUUUUACCUUUGGCGAGGCUUCGGCCAAAUGCGAAGACCCGCGCUGGAAUCUGCUGAUCCUCUCGACAAUCUUCACUGCUCUAUUCGGCAUCUUCACCACGAGCCCUGCGACGUUCUUUGCGCCCGUCUUUACGAUUCUGUUCUUCCAGACGGGCAUGGCAUCAGAUCCGCCCUCGUACUCAAACUACGCCUCCUUGGCCUCUACAACACUUGGUCGCUUCUUGCCUGCGGCAUUGGCUGCUGCCCUCUUCUAUCAGUUCAGUGUUCGCAAGUCUCUGCGUAAUUGCAGGGCGCAAAUCGAAAAGACCAUACUCUGGAUAGGCGGUGCCUGGGUUGGCGCACUGGGUAAAUAUACAUUUGAACGUAUACCCAUACAGCGCCUUACAGGAAACGACAUCCGACAACAGCCUGGUGCUAUCACAGCAUUAGUAAUCAUCGUGCUGAUUUUGUUUGCCGUCGUUUUGUACCAAGCAUGGUGUUUCCGUAAGGAAGGGCGACUGCCACGCUAUCUUGCACUAUACGCUACAUUGGGCCUUGGGCUGGGUAUCCUUGCAGCUAUGCCGAAGCUUACACUUAGGAUACACCACUACAUAAUCGGCCUCGUACUCCUUCCAGGUACUGCGCUGCAGACACGCGUGAGCUUGCUGUGUCAAGGCCUGCUCGUUGGACUCUUCGUCAACGGUAUUGCACGAUGGGAUUUCGACUCUAUACUACAGACGGCCGCAGCGCUGAGAGGGGAUGGCCAGCUCGGAUCUGGCAUCCCAGGUAUUCUGGAGCUUGUCGUGAAUGAUUCGAGCAUUACAUUCGCAUGGGAGACUCUACUCAGCGGAUAUGAAGGCGUCAGCGUGGUGGUCAACGAUGUGGAAAGGUAUCGGGGCAUUGGUGGAAGCGACACAGGAAACUUCACCUGGAGUCAUUCGGAUGAUGCGAAAGAUGAGUACUUCAGGUUUGCGUUCAUCAAUUAUAAACUGUUUGGCAACGUAGAAUAUAGCGACUUUACGAGAGCGGGUACGUGGUUCGCGAAUGGGACCUGGUCUGGAAUCCCGCCAGGCCGUACAUGA